AUGUGGCGAAUAAGAAAAAACCGAGAGCUCCGAGAACUGUACAAAGAACCGGACAUUGUAGCCAUAGUGAAGAGUAGACGACUGAGAUGGGCAGGCCAUGUAGAAAGAAGGGAAGAAGAAAGUAUGCUUAAGAAGAUCGCCAAUGGACAACCACGAGGCACUCGCCCGCUAGGAAGACCGAAGUUGAGAUGGAGAGACCAAGUCCAGAAGGACCUACGCAGAGUGGGGGCAUCUCUUGACAUGGCGGCAGAUCGGCAGCAGUGGAGGUGCGGAAGCGGAGAGCGGGGAGAGGAACACGGAGAGCGGACUCCACUUGUUUUAGUUCCAGUACAAGAAUACGAAAAGCACAACGGAGACGUGGUUGACUACAAGAUCCUUCUAUGCGGAAACAUAGAACGGCCUCCAUACAUUUUGGCCUUAUUUGUGGAGAGCAGCACAGUCUACGACGAGUUCCAAUGCCACGUAACGUCAGAAGAAGAAGUGGAACAGCUGAGAGUGAAUCAAGAGGAUGGUGUUUUUGCCAGCGUUCUGCCAACGGAGAAUUACGCAGUGCUGUGCAAGAAAACCGAGCCCGGUUCCAUGAUGGUAAUUAAGGACGGGGAGUGUAGAAGAAGGAAGUACAACCAGAAUGACUUAAGGUUGGCUCCAUCUGAAGAAGUGGUGACAGGAUUGAAAUGUUGUGAAGCAGCAAGAGAGAUAGCGAGUCUGAUACCAGGGAGACAUAUACAGCUGCUGGUACAUGAUUCAACAGUGCACAUCUGUGUUGAGAAGGUGGACAGUAUUCACUUGAAUGAUAUAAGAGAAUCCUCUGUCAAACCAACGACGGCAGACUUAGCAACUUCUGCAUCGACUCCGCCCACAGAUAUAACUACUGCACCGGCUCCACACACAGAUAUAACUACUGCACCGGCUCCGCCCACAGAUAUAACUACUAAAACAAACCCGCCCACAGCUGUACCGGCCCCACCUACAGAUAGAACUACUGCACCGGCUCCGCCAAUAGCUUCACCGGCCCCACCUACAGAUAGAACUACUGCACCGGCCAUACCUAAAGCUACCACUACUGAACCGGCCCUACCCACAGCUACAGUUACUGCACCGGCUCCGCCCCCAGAUAUAACUUCUGAACCUACCCCGCCCUUAGCAGUACCAGCCCCACUUACAGAUGGAACUACUGCACCGGCUAUGCCUAAAGCUACCACUACUGAACCGGACCCACCCGAAGCUACAGUUACUGCACCAGCUCCGCCCCCAGAUAUAACUACCGAACCAACCCCGCCCUUAGCAGUACCGGCCCCACCUACAGAUGGAACUACUGCACCGGCUAUGCCUAAAGCUACCACUACUGAACCGGACCCACCCGAAGCUACAGUUACUGCAUCGGCUCCGCACCCAGAUAUAACUACUGAACCAACCACGCCGACAACUGAACCGGCCCCAGCCACAGCUACACCCAAGAAAUCCAAGGUAGCGGCAGGAAAGAAACAACCUAAUAAGACCACACACCCCCCUAUAUCUGACAUGGUACACGCGGCUAUCGAUAAUCUGAACACGCGUGGAGGUUCCAGCUUACGGGUUAUAAAAACAUACAUCGCCCAAAAUUACAAGGUUUACAUCAAUGAAAAGGUGUCUUCAUCUAUCCGUGAUUACCUGAAUUCUGCGGUGACAGCUGGCACUCUUGAACGGCGGAAAAUCUUCGACAAUUUUAGGUACUCUGUCAAGAAGCCAGCGAAUACGCCCACUACUACCAAGCCAAAUGGAGAGAAUAAACCUAAGGUGAAUGCAGAUAACAAAACAACCAAGAAGGCAAGCCCGGCAACUAAUGUACGGUCUUCGGCCACAUCCCAGUCGGGACAUAAGUGGACAAUAACGUUUUUUUCACCUGAAGAACCAUAUCAUUAAAAGGUGAAAGUAAAACGGGAAUCGUUAUUUUCACCUUAAAAAUUUAAACAUGAAAGAGUAGUGAUGAAUAGACAUUUUAGGAUUUUUUGUCAGUUGUUGUCUGAGUGCUUAAUUACAAUAUUCCUAUUUAGUUGUCCACAAAUUUUCCUGAUGUUUGUUUUCCAUGUAAA